CAAAAGGCAGUUGUGGUUACCGUUAUUCCCGCAUGCACUCUUUCUUAUCCUGUCCCUUUCACUCUCGCCACACACUGAAGUAAAAUUUACACUCGAGAGAGGGUCACCGCUGCACAGAGGGAUUUUUCCAUGUUGCAUUGCACUUCUGGAUAAGCAUCUGCUCUGUUUGCUUGACAGUCAUCAUGGCCAGAUGUCUGGAUCUAAUCGUUCUAGUUCUAGCCUUUCAUACUUUAGCCCAGGAGCUGCCAUCAAGCCCACACGGUUGCACAGACGGAAGCUGUUAUCCAGCUACAGGGAACCUCCUCAUCGGGCGAGCUGUUAACCUGACCAGUACCUCCACCUGCGGCUUAGAAACACCUACGGAGUACUGCAUUGUCAGCCACCUGCAGCAGACAGAGAAGUGCUUCAUAUGUGAUUCUCGAAGACCCUAUGACUUCAACCAUCACAGAAUCAGCCAUCGUGUGGAGAACGUCAUCUACCUGAGAAAUGGUGGAGAAAAUUUUACAUGGUGGCAGUCUGUUAACGGAGAGGAGUAUGUAAGCAUCAGACUUGAUCUGGAGACAGAGUUCCACUUCACUCACCUCAUCAUGAAGUUUAAGACAUUUAGGCCUGCAGGCAUGCUGAUCGAGCGCUCUGUAGAUUUUGGUCAUUCAUGGAGGCCGUACCGCUACUUUGCCUACAACUGCAGCAGGACAUUUCCUGGAGUGCGUACACGGCCUCUACGGUUCAGUGACGAUGUGAUCUGUGAGGAACGCUAUUCUGACAUCGAGCCCUCCUCAGAAGGAGAGGUCAUUUUCAAAGUGCUUGAUCCUGCAAUCCCUGUCAGUAAUCCAUAUAGUUCUAAUAUUCAAGACCUACUGCGAAUCACUAACCUGAGGAUUAACUUUACCAAACUGCACACUCUGGGGGAUAACCUUCUGGAUCGUCGCCCUGAUGUGCUGCAGAAGUAUUAUUAUGCAGUGUAUGAGCUGGUAGUGCGUGGCAGCUGCUUCUGCUAUGGUCAUGCCUCUGAGUGUGCACCGGUUCCAGGGGUUCACACCCGAGACAACGGCAUGAUUCACGGACGCUGUGUGUGUAAGCAUAACACGGUGGGCCUGAACUGUGAGCGCUGCCAAGAUUUCUAUCAUGAUCUACCCUGGAGACCAGCCGAGCCAAAUAACCCACACACUUGCAGAGAGUGCAACUGUAACAGCCACUCCAACAAGUGUCACUUUGAUAUGGCGGUGUAUCUGGCCACGGGGAACGUCAGUGGAGGUGUGUGUCACGACUGUCUUCACAACACCAUGGGCCGCAACUGUGAAACCUGCAAACCCUUCUUCUACCAGGACCCAGCCAGAGAUAUCCGAGACCCCCGCGUCUGUGUUCGAUGUGACUGUGACCCAGUAGGUUCUCUGGAUGAAGGGAGGUGUGACAGUCAUACUGAUCUGUAUCUUGGAAUGAUUGGAGGUCAGUGUCGCUGUAAGCCCAAUGUCCAAGGGCACCGCUGUGACUACUGCAAAGAUGGGCACUACGGCUUCAGUCAAAAUGACCCUCUUGGGUGCCAACCAUGUAACUGUGAUCCCCGUGGCAUUAGCAUGAUGGGGCAGCCAUGUGAUCAUAUCAGUGGAGAUUGCUCUUGUAAGAGACAUGUGACAGGUCGCUACUGUAAUCAAUGCAAACCAGAGUACUGGGGACUCAGUAAUGACCAUGAAGGCUGUAGACCAUGUGACUGUGACUUUGGUGGAUCAUACAGCAAAAGGUGCAGAAUGGACAAUGGUCAGUGUGACUGUCGGCCUCACCUCAUCGGCCGUCAGUGCUCAGAUGUGGAGUCUGGGUAUUUCUGUGCUGCUCUCGAUUACCUUAUAUAUGAAGCGGAAAGGGCAGAUGGUUACUCUCCUGAUAGUGACAAUCUACCUGGAAAGCCUCGCCCUGCAGCUGUAAGUAACUGUGAACAGCAGCUCAAUAACCAGCUAAGGAGGCACAGACACCAUCGGCACAUCACCCAGCAGCAGAGAGCAGCUCUGAGACGCAUCAGGCAGCUUCAGAAGACUCCCGAUGUGACCAUUGUUGAUAGAGAGAGGUAUACAGAUCAGAUGGUUACCUGGACCGGGCCUGGCUUUGCUCGGGUUAAAGACGGCGCUGGCCUUGUGUUUACCUUUGAAGACAUCCAAUAUGCCAUGGAGUAUGACAUCAUGAUACGCUAUGAACCUGAGUCUACAGAAGACUGGGAAGCCAUUGUGAGUGUCACAUCUAUGUCACUGUCCACCAGUACUCGCUGUGGGAACCUGCUGCCUACUGAGCAGCUCUACACUGUCACACUGAUGCACAACAAGAGGUACAUCCUCAUGCCCCAGCCUUUCUGCUUUGAGCCCAACAACCGCUAUAUAGUGGCCAUCCGCUUUCAGCGCCAUGCAGUCUCACACAGACAUCUCACUGCUCACAUCCUCGCUGACUCGCUUGUAUUAAUCCCCCGUUAUGAGGAGCUGCCAGGGUUCCUGGGUAACGAUCCCUUGGCUGUGCAGCGGCGAGAGGAAAUGGUUCGCUACAUGUGUCUGGACUCCUUUAUGGCUACGCCAAUGCCGAAUUUGGCUGAGAUGUGUGUCAAAUUAAUCUGCAGCAUCUCUUCUGUCAUGCAUAAUGGAGCAUUGCCUUGUCACUGUGAUCCUCAGGGUUCACUGAGUGUCGAGUGUAAAAAGAUAGGAGGUCAGUGUCAGUGUAAACCCAACGUAAUUGGUCGUCACUGUGACCAGUGUGCACCCAGAACAUACGGAUUUGGGCCCUAUGGUUGUACUGCCUGUGACUGCCACCAUGAUGGCUCUGAUGCUCAGCAGUGUGACCCAGUUACAGGGCAGUGCCCCUGCAAGCCCGGGGCAUUUGGCCGGCAGUGCUCUGAAUGCCAGCAUGGUCACUGGGGCUUCCCAAACUGCAGGCCAUGCCAUUGUAAUGGACACUCAGAAACCUGUGACCCCCACACUGGUGCAUGCCUUGAGUGCAGGGACAACACAGCAGGCCAUCAGUGUGAGAAGUGUACAGACGGGUAUUAUGGCAAUCCAGUGCUGGGUUCUGGAGAAAACUGCCGCCCUUGUCCGUGCCCAGGUAACACUGGCAGCGGACAUUCAAACGCAGAAUCAUGCCACAUGCAACAUUCCAUUAACCAGAUCAUCUGCCACUGUAUGCCUGGAUACACAGGACAUCGAUGUGACCGCUGUGCUCCAGGUUACUAUGGCAACCCGGAGCAAAUAGAUGGAGCGUGUCGUCCAUGUGAGUGCAACGGGAACAUUGUGGCUGAAGACCCUGACUCCUGUGACCCCCGCACAGGCCAGUGCUUGAAGUGCCUUUACAACACAGACGGGCCCUCAUGCUCAGAGUGCAAGCCUGGCUACUAUGGCAAUGCUCUGGACAGAGACUGUAGGCGCUGUACAUGUAUGAGACUGGGAACAGACCAGGAGUACUGCAGUGAUGAAGGGUGUAACUGUGACAAACAGACCGGUGCAUGUCCCUGCAGGCCCAAUGUUGUUAACCAUAACUGUGACCAGUGUGCUGCCAAUCACUGGAACCUGGGCAUGGAUGAUGGUUGUGAAGCUUGUGAAUGUCAUCCACAGAACAGCUUCAGCUCACACUGCAACUUGAUUAGCGGACAGUGUCACUGCCGGCCCGGUUUUGGAGGCAGUCAGUGCACCGAAUGUGAGAUGUUCCACUGGGGCAAUCCAGCAGUGCACUGUGAGGAAUGUAAGUGUGACAAUCAAGGGUCGGUGACUGAUCAGUGUGACCGUAUCACAGGGGCAUGUAUGUGCAAAGAGUGGGCAGCAGGCCAACAUUGUAAAGAGUGUGCCCGUGGUUUUACCGGAGUUUUCCCCAAAUGUGUGUCCUGCCACCCCUGCUUCCAGCUUUGGGACAACAUUGUGUGCCAAGUAAGACAUAGCAUGGAUAGAAUCCGCCUCAUCGUAACUGAAAUCCUGGAGAUGGGCGAGGUGCCGGGUGUUGGUGACACCCGCAUCCGAGAGCUGGAGCAGACGCUGGCUAAGAUUCUGAAGCUGCUUGAGAAUGGAGAAGCAGACAGGUUAUAUGAGUUGAUCAAACAGACCACUGAAGACUUGAGUGUUGAGAUAGCUGUGACUGACGGCCGUUUGAUGGAGGCAGAGAGAGACCUAAAUGUGAUAAAAAGGCACAACAACAUUCAACAACAUAAUAUGACGUCAAUUGAGCAAGAACUCAGAGAUUUGAACACCACCCUCAAUCUGUUUCUAAGUGAUCUGAAGAAUCACAUGAGUGGUGGAAUUUCAGAUCUGUUAAAGGAAGUGCAGAAAUACUACAACAAGUCUCUGGCUGCUGAGCAGAGAUGCAAUGCUUCUGUUUUUGGGGCUCAGAGUCCUGUGGAGCAGUCUCGACACACACGCAACAUCACCGAGGUCUUGCUGGACCAGACAAAGGACAAGUUUAUGCGCAAUGUUACAGCUCAGAAGAAGUCCCUCUCUGAGCUCAAAAAGAAAGCAGAAGACAUGGAUGCAAACAUCCAUCACCUGAGUCAAAAGGUGUGUGGCAGCAGUGGCAAUGCGAGCACUGAUGGUUCAUGUCCAGACAGAUCUUGUGGGGGUGUUGGUUGUUUGGACAGUAAUGAUACACUGGUGUGUGGAGGGCCACAAUGUAACGGCACUGUUGGCGAGUCAAUCAGGGCGCUGAAGAAAACCAAUGAUGUCAGCAAGAACCUGACAGCUGUCAGUGAGGAUCUUAUGAACAUGGCUAAAAAGCUGAAGGACAUUGCCACACUCACUGAGAAUGUGAAAGCCCAGGCGAUGAACACGCUGAACAAAGCAAAGAAGAAGAAAGAGCUCUUUGAAAAAUCCAAUAAGCAACUUAAAGAUUUCAUCCAAACGAUCAGAGACUUUUUAACUGAGGAAGGAGCAGAUCCAGAGAGCAUAGAGAAAGUGGCUCAGCAGGUUUUGGCCAUCACGCUACCAGUUAAUCUGACUUUAUUGGACACUAUAUUUAUGCAGAUCAAAGACAGCAUUGCUAACCUCACCGACCUGGAUGGAGUCUUCAAUUACUCCACUGAGCAGCUGGCCAAAGUUAAGGAGCUGCUCAAUAGAGCCAACAAUGAACAGGAAAAGGCAGGGGGAAUUAGUGAUGUUAUUAAUAAGACUAAAGAGGCCAUGAACACCACUCAGGACGCCAUAGACAAUGCAAGGACAGCAAUAGAGCAAGCUCUGGAAAACCUCAACAGCACACAGAGCGUCACUGCAAUGGUGGAAGAUAAGCUCUUAAAUUUAGAGGCCAAUCUCAUGGAUAUGAUGAUGCGUUUGGCUAAUUUAUCCCAACAAGUACAUAUUUUGAAAAAUAAGACAGAACAAAACAGAGUGCAGGCAAAAGAAGCCAAGGAGCUAUCAGACAAUGCCACUCAGGCAGCCUCUGAACUAACAAAGGAUUUGUCACAUGUUGAGACUCGUUAUAAGGAACUAAAAGAUAAGGUUGAUGCUUUGGGAGGAACGGCAGCAGGUAAUUUUUUCCAGAAAGCACUGGACAUGAAGAAUGAGGCUGAGGAUCUUCUCAAGAAGGCCAACAAGGACAUGGAAACACUUAAAAAACUGGAGCGAAAACUGCAGAAGAACGAGCAGAGAAUGCAAAACCAGCGCGAUGAGCUGGCGGAGCUGGAAAGCAACGUCACAGAGAUCCAAAAUUUCAUCAGAGAAAAAGUCACUUUUUAUAACACCUGUCAGUAAUGAUCAAAACAACUAAUUCAGAACAUUAGGAUCUGUUUAGCCUGCUACAUUAACUCAGGAAUUUUGUCACUGUCAGUUAAAAGUAUUGUGAUUUCAAUGUGAUGGAGGGUCUACACAUUAUAUCACAAAUAUCAGCUUGAAGAUGUUUUAAGAAGGAAGAAGCUUGUCAGAUUGCCCUGUAUGUGGAACAAGCAACUGAUUAUAAAUAAACAAAAUAAUAAUUGUUUCACUAAAAUAAUUUUGACUUUAAUUAUGCAUAUUUCUAAAAAUCUGUUUAUAUUUAUACUAUUUCCAUGUACAUGGAAUCAAACCACCAUCAUGUAUUGUCAAACUCUUAUCUACUGAAAUGAUAACAUUUGUUACAAGUAUUGUUUAUACAUUAGGUGCUCAAGUGUUUAUUAUGACAAAACGUUACCUCUGUUUUUAGGGCAAUCAGAAACUUUUCUUUGGACUUCUAAGAAGACAUUGUCGAAAUUAAUAUGAGUGAAUUGUGGAGGUUAAUAAAGGUUUAUUUGCUACAAGA